GUUUAGCUCCUCCCAGGACCCCCGCCCAACCUCUGUGUGCCUCUUCUACUACUCUUCUACUAUACACAGCUCGUUAGGCUGUGGGCUUUAACAAUCCACCGACAACUUUUUCGGAAGAUCCACCGACAGUUGCUAUUUGCCGGAUUCAGAGCCUCACUCAACCUAAACCAUGGCCAGCCCACAAAUUGGAUUUGACAACCAGCGGGCCUAUUCCUGUCUCAUGAGAGGACUGCAGGAGCUGGACUUGAGGGGCAAUGCCACCCCUGGCUCAUUGCACCUAAUAGGAGACCACGCCUUCCCUCUGGCCAUGAACGCCCAAGGCCAGGUGCUGAUGGCUGCCUCCCUCUUUGGACGUGGACGCAUGGUAGUCCUGGGUCACGAGAGCUACCUUACCGCCUUGCCCGCCCUGGUGGAUAACGCCCUCACCUGGCUCAGAGGGGAUGGAUCUGAAAACCCCCUGGUUGGUAUUCACCAGAGCUGCAAGCCAGUGGCGGAUAACCUUGGUGAAACCAUUUUCCACGGCCAGGUGGUGGAAGGCUUCCUCCAAGACCUGGGGGUGGGGGUGUAUGUGGUGGAUGCCUACAGCAUGGCUCCUGAUGUGAAGUCCCUGGUGGAGUUUCUGAAAGCUGGAGGGGGGCUGUUGAUCGCAGGGCAGGCCUGGUCCUGGGCUGGACAACACCCCAAGCAAGACGUUCUGAAGGCCUUCCCAGGUAACCAGGUGUCCAGCGUGGCGGGGAUCUACUUCUCUGAGCACCAUUCAGAGGGCGGCUGUCUUUCUAUUUUCCCACCAAUUCCUUGCGGUUGGAAUCCAGAUCCGAUUAACUUUGCGGACGACUUGGCAUUUCUCCUGGAGGGCGUGUCUGGGUUCAGGUUAAAGAAAGAGUGUUCAGAGAUUCAGGUCCAUGGCCAUCUUGCCUUUCCGAUAUUCCCCUUCUUAGCGGGGGCAUACUAUGGCAGGGGUCGAGUCCUAUGUGUCACUCACGAAGGAUUGUUUGAACAACAGGAGUUGGUUCCUUUAUGGCACAAUGCCCUCCGAUGGUUGGACCAGGGCAGGAGAGGCGUAGUUGGAGUCCACCCGUCAAUGACUGAUCUCCCCCCCCUGUACGGCCCGUCAGGGCUGAGCUGUCGGAAUACAGACUUCACUGAUGACCUGAGUGUGUUUGUGUCCACGGCAUACUGUGAUGAGAAGGCAGAGGAGAUGCAGGACUUUGUGAUGGAAGGGGGAGGUCUGCUCAUUGGAGGGCAUGCCUGGUACUGGUGCUAUUGUUACCCAGAGCUCAACCUGCCGACUGACUUCGCAGGGAACCGCAUACUGAGCAAGAUGGGCCUGAAUGUGUUGGGUUCCACCGUCCCAAAGGAAUUCUACGAGGCUCCCGACCCCGACAAGGCCUUCAUAGACCAGUACCACUUCCAGCACAUGGUGUCCCGCUUCAGCAGACACCUGCUCUCCGGAGAGACUCUCACUGCGAAGGAGGAGGGCUUCCUGGCGCGGCUGCGUCGGGACUGUGCUUCCUACCUGUUGAUGGAGGCCAACGAGUCGGCGUCGUACACACAAGUCGUGUCCGACCUCACUGCCAUUGUCAAAAAGGCAGGGAUCCCACAGGUGUCUCUGAACUGCCUGGUUAGCAGUGAGAAGGACCGUCUGCUGCUGACCAUCGGGACAGAGCUCUAUCGGUGUUUGGACCCCGACACGCUCCUGCCUUACCUGAUCAAGGACAUCCCUAGCAUGCCCAUUGUCCGACACCAUCAGCUGAACGUCAACGCAAACACAGCAGGUGAAGAGGAGUGGAUUAGUACUGGAGUGUACCUCACUCCAGGUAUGAAGACCUACAUAUCUCUACCAGCACAGAUUGUAAACAAAGGAUGGAAGGUGCAGAUUGGCUGUCAAACGGACGCUCUGGAUCACUUGAAGGAACUGAGGAGAGCCCCAUGUGUUCACAAGACCUUCAGAAUCACAACUCCCAUGAUGCAGGUGUGGAACCUGUGGGGGGGGCUCCUCUACCUUGUGGCCCCGCCCAACACUCAGGUGGAGGGGCUGAAGAUCACAGUGGAAAGGGCGGUUCUUGCACCUUACUUUAUGUCUGGCGUGACAACCAUUGCUGAGUGGGCGGUGCUUCGCACUAGCCCCGCCCCCUGGGCAGAGCUGGAGUUUGACAACGUCAUCUUCACCAUACCAUCCAGCGCCAUUCGAGACCUGGAGCGCCCCGAUAAGGUGGCGGCGCUCUGGGAUGACAUCAUGAAGAGUGUUGCUGACCUGGCAGUUGUUUCGCAUACAUUCCCACGCAAAGAACGCUUUGUCGCAGAUGUGCAGAUUUCCCACGGUUUUAUGCACGCAGGCUAUCCCAUCAUGAUGCUGUCCUCUGUGGUCCCUGAGCUGAUGGACUGGGAGGGAGCGAGAACCCGGGGCCUCUGGGGCUUCAUCCACGAGCUGGGCCACAACCAGCAGAGGGGCUGCUGGGAGUUCAGGCCGAACACCACAGAGUGCACGUGCAACCUGUGGUCGGUGUACGUGCACGAAGAGGUGCUGGGGAUUAACAGGGAACAGGCACAUCCUGCUUUGCAGUCCAAAUCUCGGGCAUCUCGUCCAGAGGACUACGUCAAGGGAGGCAAGGACCUUGACAACUGGAAUACAUGGACGGCUUUGGAAACAUACCUACAGCUCCAGGAGGCGUUCGGCUGGGCAGCCUUUAAGAAAGUUUUCGCCGCCUACCACGACAUGAGCGACGUGCCCGGGGACAACGAGGGAAAGAUGAACCUGUACACCAAGACCUUCUCCAUGGCCGUGGAGCACAACCUGUGUGCCUUCUUCAAGGCCUGGGGCUGGCCCAUAGAGGCCGCCACUGAGGAGGAGCUGUCCAAGCUACCUACGUGGACCAACCACCCCAUGGUCCUCUAUGGAUAAAAGGAAUAGAAGGUGGUGUCUUUUUUCUAAAGGGAUGGACCCUUUUCAUAGAGCUCUCAUUGUAGG